AUGGCACGCGAGAAGCAGAAGGCGCCCGUCCAGCGGGUGCCAUCUGGUGGAAUCAUGCACGCGCCCAAGGACAUCCCAGAGAUUAAUGUUGCGCAAACGAAUGGCGCAAUAGGACAGCCUGAGAACGGGAAGCCAUUGAUCAAGGCUUCUUCGGAGCCCUCUCAUCCUGGACUGCUACAGCUAGUGAUCUGUGUGGCAGGCAUAUAUGCGUCGUUCCUUUCUUGGGGCGUGCUUCAGGAAGCAAUCACCACCACCUACUACCAGGUCCAUCCGCCUACUUCCGCAGUCCCGAACCCUCAAACCGAACGAUUCACAUUCUCCCUUGUUUUGAAUACUAUACAGUCUUUCUUCGCUGUUGUUACCGGGGUUAUGUACCUUUACUUCUCCACACCUCGGGGAGCGAGCAUGGCAUCCGUAUUUCCUACUAGCCGGAUUGUUAUUCCUUUGAUAUUCGUCAGCCUAUCGUCUUCCCUGGCUUCUCCCUUCGGUUAUGCCAGUCUUGCACACAUUGACUACGUCACAUUCACUUUAGCAAAGUCUUGCAAACUGCUGCCGGUUAUGUUCCUUCAUCUCACUAUUUUCCAAAAACGGUAUCCGCUAUAUAAAUACGGGGUCAUCCUUCUUCUCACCAUUGGUGUGGCGACCUUUACUCUACACCAUCCGGGCUCAGGAAAGAAGAAGAGCGGAUCCAAGGGACCGAAUUCGUCUUCCUUAUUUGGACUCUUUCUUCUCUUCAUCAACCUCCUCCUGGAUGGUCUCACCAAUACGACACAAGAUCAUAUUUUCUCGUCUCCAAAAUUAUAUGGCAAAUUCAGUGGCCCCCAAAUGAUGGUUGCUCAAAAUCUCAUUUCCACCUUCCUCACGAGUUUUUACCUUGUUCUCAUGCCUCACCUUUCUACCUCCAUCCUCCCACUCCUACCACUACCCAUUCCCCCUUCCCAGACAUCGGAGCUCUCAUCUGCCAUGGAAUUCCUGGCCCGCCACCCUCAAGCCACCAAGGACGUAGUUGCAUUUGGUGCAUGCGGUGCCAUUGGCCAGCUAUUCAUAUUUUACACCUUGGCGCACUUCUCGUCCCUUCUCCUGGUGACGGUAACACUGACCAGAAAGAUGUUGACCAUGCUUCUCAGUGUGGUAUGGUUUGGUCACCGAUUAGGUGGUGGUCAGUGGCUAGGCGUCGGUUUGGUCUUUGGUGGCAUUGGGGCAGAGGCCUGGGUCCAGAAGAAGGAAAAGGAGAAGAAGCUCCGGGACAAGGCUAAAGAGGGCAAAUCUCUCUAG